GCAGAUACUGUAGGUCUCCUGUAGGACGCAGGGAAAGACCAGCGCUCGGGGCAUCAGAUGGAGAGCGUGUACAGUGAGUGCAAUUAGAGUACUCGAGCAACUAGCUACAUAGCAGUAGCUAGGCAGUUUAGUGCAGACGUUGCUCGCCGCAUGUGCACGCCUGUCAGUGUGUGUGUGAGCGCAGACUGGAGCUUGCAGAGAAAAACAGCCGCAAAAGAACGUAAAAUACAUUUUGAUAUACCCACAUUUAGCCUCCCCCUUUCUCUGUUUCCCUAAAAUACAUCUAAUGGAAAAGAGAAGAGCCGAGGAUUUUAAAAAAUGAAAUACUGCAACAUAACAUAUUGAAUUAAAGACAGAACCUUAAGGAAAAACAAGAAUCCUGCCAAGCAAUGGAGAACCAGGCGACGGAGCCGCAAAGCUACGAGGAUGUUUGCAAAAGCGGUUACCUCCGCAAACAAAAAUCUAUGCAUCGGCGGUACUUCGUUCUGCGCUCGGCCUCGGAACGGGGCCCGGCCCGGCUAGAAUACUACGAGACCGAGAAGAAAUUCCGCAGCAAGGCACCCGUCCCGAAAAAAGCCCUGAAUCUGGAGACGUGUUUUAACAUCAACAAGCGGGCGGAUUCUAAGAACAAGCAUAUGAUAGUGCUGUACACACGCGGAGAGAGCUUUGCAGUUGCAGCAGAUAGCGAGGAGGUCCAGAGCGAAUGGUACCAGGCCAUGAUGGACCUUCAAUUCAAAAGCAGAACCCCCAGUGACAGUGGAAGCGGGGGGGAGAGCGGCUCAUAUUUCCCCGGCCCCGCCUUCAAGGAGGUGUGGCAGGUGAAGGUGUGGCCCAAGGGCCUGGGGCAGGCCAGGAACCUGGUGGGCAUCUACAGGCUGUGCUUAACGGACAAGACGGUGAACUUCGUCAAGCUGAACUCGGACGUCCCGGCCGUGGUGCUGCAGCUGAUGAACGUUCGCCGCUGCGGGCACUCGGAGAACUUCUUCUUCGUGGAGGUGGGCCGUUCGGCCAUGACGGGCCCCGGGGAGUUCUGGAUGCAGGUGGAGGACUCGGUGGUGGCGCAGAACAUGCACGAGACCCUGCUGGAGGCCAUGAAGGCGCUGAGUGAAGAGUUCCGCCAGCGUACGAAAUCCCAGUCGGCGGCGGCCAUCGGCGGGGGCACCACCGCCUCCAACCCCAUCAGCGUCCCCUCCCGGCGGCACCACCCCAACCCGCCCCCCAGCCAGGUCGGCUUCAGCCGGAGAGCCCGCACCGAGACCCCCGGGGCUGGAGGGGGCAGCAGCACCAACACGUCUCCCACAUUUCGUCACGGAUUUUCGAGGGCGCGCACUGCCAGCAUCGGAGGGAGGGUGGAGGAGGGCAGGGCGGCGACAGGCGGGGCCGGACCCAAUUCCAGCCCGAGUCUUAACGGCUCCUGCUCGACCACACCCACCCCAAUGCCAAAGACAACCCGCGCCCCGACCCCCGCCAAGAUCCCGCUCAGCCUGGUGCGCUACACCCCUAACCCCGUCCCCUCUCCGGCCCCCAGCUUGUCUUCCAGCUCCGGGCACGGCUCCGAGUGUGGAAUGGCGGGGGCAGGGGUGGUGGGCGGCGCGGUUGGGGUGUUCAGCCGUCCAUCUCAGAGAGUCUCAGUCUCUGGCUCUCCCAGCGACUACGGCUCCUCAGAUGAGUAUGGCUCUAGCCCUGACCAGCCCGCGGGCCCAUCGCGAGGUCUGGGGUACAGCGCCUCCAUGAAAGCAGGCUCCAACUACAUCGCCAUGGGCCAGCAGGGCGGGGCUUCCCGGAAGCUGCAGUCUCACACCCGCCGGGUGCUGCGGCGUUCCUCCAGCCGGGAGUGUGAGGCGGAGCGCCGGCUGCUCAGCAAGAGGGCCUCCCUGCCCCCCAUCGCCCUGGACCGGCUCAACUCCCGCAGGAGGGAGGAGGAGGAGGGCGAGGACGAAGACUACACCGUCAUGUGCCGGAGCGCCAGCAGGGAGUCCUUCACCUCGCCACGGGAUUCGGGCGUGGUGGCAGUGGGGGGUGAAGGCAGGAGCGGAGGAGGAGGCGGCGGCGGCGUGGCGGAUAACGGGUACAUGUCAAUGCUGCCGGGGGUGACAGCUCCCUCUGCCUCCCUCUCCCUCUCCCUCUCCCUCUCGGUGGCCGUCUCGGACUCCAGCCCCAAAAUGGACGAUUACAUGGCCAUGACACCCAACAGCAGCAUCUCCCCCCCGCAGCAUAUCCGGUCCCUCAGCUCAGAGGGGUACAUGCUGAUGUCCCCGAGCAGCAGCUGCUCCCCCGACCAGCACGGGAUGGGCACUCUCGGGGUGGUCUGGGGGGGCAAGAGCAGUGUGGAGAGCAGGGCUGGCAGCGACUACAUGAACAUGUCCCCCAUCAGUGUCCGCUCCGCCUGCAGCACGCCCCCGCCCGACUCCGAACAGAACCCGCAGCAGGGGACCCCCAAAACAGUCCACUCCUACUUCUCCCUGCCCCGAUCCUACAAACACACACUGAGCACACACAUUGAGGGCGGCCCGGGUCAGGGCAGGAGAGCAGUGGGCGGGGCCAGUAACAGCAGGGGAGUAGGGUGCUCCAACAGGCAGGAGCCUGCGAGAGGACGCCACCUGUCUCCCUCUUCCUCCUCUUACUCGUCCAGCUCGGCCAGCACUGAGAGCCUGGAGGACAAGCUUGCAGCCGUGGGGCAGAGGAAGGGUGGCGGUUUCAGAACUGCGGACGUGUGCUCCACGGGCGGGGUUUUCCACCAGAGACGCGGCCCGGGGGGGCAGAAACAGAGCCAGCAGCAGCAGAGGAGGAAUGAGCCCAUCGGUCUUUUUGCUGACAUGUCCAAAGCCAGCACCCUUCCUCGGGUUCGAGAGAACCCCCUCCCUCCGGUUCCCCAGAGCCCCGGGGAGUACGUCAGCAUUCAGUUCAGGGGAGACGCAGGAGGGAGAGGCAGAGGAGGAAGACAGAGGGGGCUGGGGCAUGGACUGUCGCUGCCGCGCACUCCCCUCGGGCCCAUGCACCGACCAGACUCCUCCCUGGUCGGCUUCCAAACCCUUCCUCGCAGCCUCUCCGCGCCCCUGACCGCUGCUGCUUCCACUGAGUAUAUCAACAUGGACUUCGGCCUCCCUCCCUCACCGUCGCCUGUGUCCUUGACGACUUUCGGCUUCCCCUCCUUCAGCACCCCGACGACACCCCCAGCAGUCGCCCUCAAGGCACAGGAGGAGUGCCCGAUGGUCCCUCAGGAGGCGGAGGGGGCGGAGGUCAUUCACAGGGCGCACGGAGUGGCAGCCCCCAUGACGCCCGAGUUACCCAGCUCCUGCGGCGAUUACACUGAAAUGGCCUUCAGUUCGGACUCGGCGUCCCCCUCGCUGGGGGUCAACCGCGGGCCAGCCCCCGCACACACCUCCCAGGCUUCAGCCAUGGAGCUGAGCGUGGACUUCCCUCUGGCAAAGGCGAGCGCCAACCCGAGCCAGGGUGCGAGGGUGAUCCGGGCCGACCCCCAGGGACGCCGCCGCCACUGCUCCGAGUCCUUCCUGGUGUCCUCUCCCCUGCCGCUCUCCUCCUCCUCCUCCCUGUCCCUGUUCCCCGAGCACACGCAGACGGUGCCGCGCCAGCUCAGGUUCGAGGGUGCUGCGUGGGGGAGCGGCCCGUCGGUCGCCGCUCGGUGCUCCAGCCCUGCGCCACCCGCUGCCCAGGCUUUAUCGGUGGAGCAAGGCCUCAACUACAUCGACCUGGACCUGGCUAAUAAAGAGAGCCCGCACCCCGCUCUGGAAGCGCCUGCUGCCAUCCACCCUCCCCCGCCUCGCCUCUUUGCCUCCUUCCUUGGCGGGGGGGCCGGGGGAAACCUGGGAGGGUCGGGAGGGGGCUGCAGCAUCGGAUCGAAUCUCAAUACCUACGCCAGUAUCGACUUCCUCAAGUCGGAGGAGCUGAGGACGCAUCAGAACACGAGCAAGGACAGCCCAGAAUGUGGUUCCUGAAUCCAGCCUGGACCCAGCUUUGAAGCACUUUUAAAGUAUUACCAUAGCUUUUGUUUUUUUUCUUUCUCCUGAUUGGUUGCAACCAAGGGGAGAAUGUGUGCCAAAAGACUUAUCUAUUGAAAGAGGGGAACCCUGACGCCCUGAGAACGCCAAUCAGAAUGGAUUAUUAAGACUCACUGC